AUGGAAUCCUGAGAAUCAAAUUGAGUCUUGUUCUUGUUUACUUUUAGAUGCCUGUCUUAGAUGUCAAGCUGAAAACAAACAAGAAGAUUGUGUUGUGGUCUGGGGAGAAUGCAAUCAUUCCUUCCACAACUGCUGCAUGUCCCUGUGGGUGAAACAGAAUAAUCGCUGUCCCCUCUGCCAGCAGGACUGGGUAGUCCAGAGAAUAGGCAAAUAA